AUGGACACUUUAAUUGGAUUGAAGGGAAAAAACUUCAUAAUUCUAGCAGCAGAUACGUACAGUGUCAAUUCAAUCAUAAAAUUAAAGAAUGACGAUAAAACAAAAUUCUACGAUAUUAAUGGAAACAAAUGUCUCCUAUUGGGAGGCUCAAUUGGAGAUAAAAUUCAAUUUGGAGAAUUUAUAAGGAAGAAUGUGCAUCUUUACCAGUAUCAGAAUUCAACUGAUUUGUUUGUAAAAUCUUUUGCUUACUUUACCCGAAAAAAUCUGGCUUAUUAUUUGAGGAGAAAUCCCUAUGAGGUUAAUUGCCUCAUAGCUGGAUAUGACAAUAAGGACGGAUAUCAACUCUAUUGGUGUGAUUACUUGAGUAAUAUGGAUGCAAUAAACAAAGGUGCUCAUGGUUAUGGAGCAUACCUUGUUAAUGGAAUUCUUGAUAAGUACUACGAUGAAAAUAUGAAUUUGGAAGAAGCAUUACUUAUUUUUAAAAAAUGCUUUGAAGAAUUGAAAAAAAGAUUUCUUCUUACACAAAUUAAUUAUGAAUUACGAAUUAUGGCUGAUAAUAAAAUAGAGGCUCAAUAUGUGACCAUUUGA